AUGGUGUCGUCAUCGCCGCGCGCGCAGGCCCGCUCGCAACACGACGUCGACCCAGAAAGAAUAAAGGCCUACUCUGAACAACUCCGUCAACGCAAAGAAGCUGAAGAGAGGAUCGCAGCCCAAAAUGAAUUCCUCCGCACUUCUCUCAGAGGAUCCCACAAACUCCAGGCUUUGGAAUCCAACCCUCCGUCAUCAGGGACUGCCUUUGUUAACGACGCGUAUGAAGAUGAUACGAGUGAAGAGUCCGCCCAGCUGUAUGCUGUUAUUGACUAUCAAGAAGUAUGUGCAGCGCUGACGCGCGUGCAGAAGGCGCUUGGUGCGAGCGGGGAGGCUGCGCUGGCGGCGCGGGUGGCGGGCGCGGCGGGCGCCUUGUUGUGUCCCGCGUUGCGCACGGCACUAGCCACGCGCUCCGCAGUGCUCACCGCCCUGCGUCACAAGCGCCCCGGCCUGGCGCCGCCGCACACGCACCGAGCUACCGAUAGACUGAAAGACUGCAUGGACGUACUAGGAGCACACACAUCAACAGGUGGUGAAACGUCAGGGUUGGCAGCGGAAUUACUGUCGAUACUGGGUGGACUUGAACUAGAGAGUCUCAUUCAGGCACACGACCAGGCUGCGGCACUACUAGACCCUGCCUGCUUCAGUAGGGGCAAGAGGCAUAAGACUGGCAAUAAUUACAAUCACAAAGGCGAAGAUGAUAAAGCGCUAACGGCGCACUCACCCGACGACCCCAGCGAACACAUCAAAAUUAUCAAAAUCGAAAAGACUAACGAACCCCUUGGUGCUACGGUAAGAAACGAAGGUGAAGCCGUGAUUAUUGGUAGGAUAGUAAGAGGAGGAGCCGCCGAGAAGUCAGGUUUAUUACACGAAGGUGAUGAGCUUCUAGAAGUGAACGGUGUUGCGAUGCGAGGCAAGUCAGUGCACGAGGUGUGCCAGGUGCUGGGCGCGCUGUCGGGCACGCUGUGCGUGGUGCUGGCGCCGCGCCGCGCCGCGCCGCGCGCGCCCCCCACGCACCGCGUGCUGCACGUGCGCGCGCACUUCGACUACGACCCCGAGGACGACGUCUACAUUCCUUGUCGGGAGCUCGGUAUUAGUUUCCAGAAAGGUGACGUGUUACAUGUGAUCAGCCGUGAGGACCCCAACUGGUGGCAAGCGUUCCGCGAAGGAGAGGAGGAUCAAACUCUCGCUGGACUUAUACCUAGUCAGGCCUUCCAGCAUCAGAGAGAAUCAAUGAAGCUAACAUUAGCCGGUGAAGUAGCCGCAAGAGAUAAGCCGCGGAAAGGCGGCACGUUGUUGUGUGCGAAGAAACCGCCUCGCAAAAAGAAAGGCAAAAAGGCCACCAGCGAAGCCGGAUACCCGUUGUACUCCACGUCCGGAGCGGAUGGUGAGUCAUCCGUGAUAGCAACUAUUAUACUAGAAUACGAGCAGGAGGAGAUCCUGACGUACGAGGAGGUGGGUCUGUACUACCCGCGCGCGUCGCACAAGCGGCCCAUCGUGCUGAUCGGUCCGCCCAACAUCGGGCGGCACGAGCUGCGCCAGCGCCUGAUGGAGGACAGCUCGCGCUUCGCCGCCGCCGUACCACACACGUCUCGGCCGCGCAAGGAUCACGAGGUGCCGGGACAAGACUACCACUUUAUAUCCCGCACGCAGUUCGAGGCUGAUAUCCUAAACAGAAAGUUUGUUGAACAUGGCGAAUAUGAGAAAGCUUAUUAUGGUACAUCCUUAGAAGCAAUUCGCGAGGUGGUGAACUCGGGUAAGAUUUGCGUGCUGAACUUGCACCCGCAGUCGCUGAAGAUCCUCCGCAACUCCGACCUCAAGCCCUACACCGUGUUCGUGGCGCCGCCUAGCCUUGAGAAACUCCGCCAAAAGAAAAUAAGGAAUGCGGAAGCUUUCAAGGAGGAAGAGUUAAAAGAGAUAAUCGCGACGGCGCGCGACAUGGAGCUGCGCUGGGGGCACCUGUUCGACAUGAUCAUCAUCAACAACGACACGCAGCGCGCCUACCAGCAGCUGCCUCAACGAGAUCAACAGCCUCGAGCGCGAGCCGCAGUGGGUGCCGGCGCACUGGCUCAAGCACACCUAGCGCCCCCCGCGCCCCCCCCGCCCCUCGCGCCCCUCGCGCCCCUCGCGCCCCCCGCCCCACGCGCCGCGCCGCCCCGAGAGGUUGACGAUAGCGAGUCGGCCCGAGCUCCUGCUGUUGUUCGAUAUUAUUACGCGAAUGGUUUUACAUUUGCUUUUCUACUUCCUAAACGUUUGCGACGUCAAAAGAAUCGGUAG